UCCUGCAGCGAGCAGCUCAGGCCUACCUCAUUUUCGCCUGGCAGGUCGGCUGCUGUGUGUUUCGUUGGCUGCCUGCUCGUGAACCGUUUGGCUCUUUUUCUCUCUACUAGCGAGCAAACCUCCAAUCUACAACUAAACUGUAUCAUCCAGCUCAUUUUCAGGGGGAUUUACCAUCACAUGUAUCCACAUCAACACAGCGGUCACUGGGGGACUCCUAGCACCGGUUGGUCGGCUCACAAGGCCGCUAAAACGCUGCUUUUUCGGGGUUUAAAUUAGAAAACAACGGUGGUGGAGGAGGAGGAGGAGGAGGAGGAGGAGAUUCCAUAUUAGGAGCACAGAGGAGGAGAAGGCGCCCCCCUUGUGUGAUCAGGAGCUCUCUGGUUCUGAGCCCAUGGUACAAGCCCCCGACUGAACAUACUGGUGGAGCAUACAGACUAACUACUGUGGCUAGGUGUGUGCGUGCUGACCUAAUGGUGUAACGGGAGUAAAGAUGAGCAUUAGCAGUGAUGAGGUCAACUUCCUGGUCUACAGAUACCUACAGGAGUCAGGGUUCUCCCACUCAGCGUUUACAUUUGGUAUAGAGAGUCACAUCAGCCAGUCCAACAUCAAUGGUGCUCUGGUUCCCCCUGCUGCCCUCAUCAGCAUCAUCCAGAAGGGCCUGCAGUACGUCGAGGCUGAAGUCAGCAUCAAUGAGGACGGAACAUUAUUUGACGGGCGGCCCAUUGAGUCUCUGUCCCUAAUCGACGCCGUGAUGCCAGACGUUGUUCAGACGAGGCAGCAGGCCUACCGGGACAAAAUGGCCCAGCAGCAGGCUGCCGCUUCAAUACCGUCAUUGGCCACCGGAGGCAGCAUCGCCGGCAACGCCAAGAACGGAGAGAAUACUGCCAACGGGGAGGAGAACGGAGCCCAUGCCUUAGCUAACAACCACACGGACCUGAUGGAGGUGGACGGAGAUGUGGACAUCCCUCAGAACAAGGCCAUGGUCUUGAGGGGCCACGAGUCAGAGGUCUUCAUCUGUGCCUGGAACCCAGUCAGCGAUCUGCUGGCAUCGGGGUCCGGUGAUUCGACGGCUCGUAUCUGGAACCUGAGUGAAAACAGUACGAGCAGCUCCACGCAGCUGGUCCUGAGACACUGCAUACGAGAGGGAGGGCAGGACGUUCCCAGCAACAAAGACGUCACCUCGCUAGACUGGAAUAGCGAGGGUACGCUGUUAGCAACAGGCUCCUAUGACGGCUUUGCCAGAAUAUGGACGAAGGAUGGGAACCUGGCCAGUACACUUGGCCAACACAAAGGUCCCAUCUUUGCCCUUAAGUGGAAUAAAAAAGGCAAUUUUAUCCUCAGCGCAGGAGUAGACAAGACAACAAUCAUAUGGGAUGCCCAUACAGGAGAAGCCAAACAACAGUUUCCCUUCCAUUCAGCUCCAGCACUAGACGUGGAUUGGCAGAGCAACAACACGUUCGCCUCCUGUAGUACAGACAUGUGCAUUCAUGUCUGUAAACUGGGACAGGACAGGCCCAUUAAAACAUUUCAGGGACACACAAAUGAAGUAAACGCUAUCAAGUGGGAUCCCACAGGGAACCUUCUAGCCUCCUGCUCAGACGACAUGACGUUAAAGAUUUGGAGUAUGAAGCAGGACACGUGUGUCCAUGACUUGCAGGCCCACAGCAAAGAAAUCUACACUAUCAAAUGGAGUCCCACUGGGCCUGGAACCAACAAUCCCAGCGCUAACCUCAUGCUAGCCAGUGCAUCGUUUGACUCCACAGUUCGUCUUUGGGACGUGGAGAGAGGCAUCUGUAUCCAUACACUGACUAAACACCAGGAGCCCGUCUACAGCGUGGCUUUCAGCCCCGACGGUCGUCAUCUGGCCAGCGGCUCCUUUGACAAAUGCGUGCACAUCUGGAACACACAGACGGGCGCUUUAGUCCACAGUUACCGAGGGACGGGGGGAAUCUUUGAGGUUUGCUGGAAUGCUGCGGGGGACAAAGUGGGAGCCAGCGCAUCGGACGGAUCUGUGUGUGUACUGGACCUUCGGAAAUAGCGCUACCGUUCGUUGGAAGCCGUGGACCGACCAUGAAUGUGUACAUAGCCAAACGACUGUCCAUGCCCUGCCCUGCGUACUGCUCACGCUUACGACUAUGGCCCCGCCCACCGACAAGAGGAAGCAGGAAACAGGAAACAGGAAGCGAGCACCCGACACAGCAGGUCCAGACGUUGGUGUGAACAGACGGACGGACAGACAGAUAAACGGGGCGGAUGGAAGUGCCCCCUCUCUAUCAGUGCAGACUCUCACGGAGAUGCGGAAGGGACGCAGUGGAAAAAAAAGAAAGAGCUGAUGAGACAAAAGAACGUUACAGAUCCGUAUAUGUACCAAAAUUUGGAAGCUAUUUUGCUCUUUUUUUGAUGGUUGAACCAUGCUCAUCGUCAUCAAAAUGAAAAACAAUGAAAAAAGUGUUGAUCUUUGUUACUAGUUGGAUCUCAUUGUGCAGACACGUUCAUUUCUCCACCAUAAAAUAGGAUGGCACUUAGUUUUGUUUUUUUAAAUUCCAGAUCUCUUGUUUCAAUGUUUUUAUAUUUUUUUUAUCGUCGGGGGAGGGGACGGGCUGGUCGGGGGUUACAGUUUUAUUAAUUGGAGGAGUAAAUACAUACAAACGCACUCGGACAUGCACACCAAACGGUUCUCAAAAACAAGUGUCUUUGUCAUGAUUUCAAACCAAUAUGGCAAAUCUAAAGGUUUUUUGUCUGAAUGUUCAAGGCUGUUCUGAGGUUUAGUAAUGCAACAGUGUCCCAGGUCCCAUCUCAGAUUACAUACUGUCCUCAGCCAGUAGGAUUCCAGCAGUUCUUUUUUUUUUACCUUUUACAAAACAAGAGUUUAACUCAUCAUCUGUAAGACUUCAAACAUUUUUAGUUUGAUUCAAAUCACAAAAAGGCACGAUGCCUGAAAGUGUGGUGGUGAAAAAGUGUUAUUCUGACUUUUAGUUUUCGCAGAUUCUCAGAGGUGGAUACUCUGGAGGCAGAAAUCAUCUCAGCGACUAAAACCCACAGAGGGUAGAGCCAAAAAAAAUCCAUCGAGUAGAAGAGGUCGACAAUAUUACGGACAGUAGAACAUUAUUCUGUGUCCACAUGGGAGCGUACACGCAUUAUUCCAGUAGCCUAAAUGAGCUCUUUUUUAUUGUUUUGUGUAUUUGUUUUAGGGAUGCUAAUUUUGAACAACUUUCUUAACCAAUAACCGCCGAUUAUUAACCGUUAACUGACAAGAUUUGUGCCUCGCAUGCAGCGGUGCGCCAGCUGCAGUGUAUGGGCACAACAGACAGUCUCCAGUUCACCCGUCCGGGAGCGUUAGCUUAGCAGCCAGGGUGCUGCGUUUAGUGUCGCGGACAUGCAGCCACUUUUCCAGUAAAAGUCUCCACCGCACAUUUAGUUUAGUUUAGCAGGUUGUCCGCUGUGUAUCCGCCCGGCGUCACGACACUCUGUCUGUCCGGAUUAACGAUAGCGAUUGACCAACAAACAGCGUGUGUGUGUGUUUGUGCUACGUUAGCAUCUGUAGCUCUGCUGGUAGCUUCGUGCUCGCCGUUGUCACACACAUACAACCGUAUGUGAUUAACUUCAGGGAGUUUCCGACAGACCGUGUGUGUGUUGUCGGUGCCGUUCUAGCUGUGAACGUAGGUGUAGCAGACAGUGUGUGUAUAGUUAAUCUGUCGGUGAAUAAAUGCUACGAGGCUACAACUCCUCCGCUCAAGCGAGCUAUAGACGGGAGCCAACUUCCUGUAUCUGUAACGCCGGCUCAGACUCUCUUAAUGUGGACCAGCUUAUGAUCGUUAAUCGGUUAAAAUGCUUAAUGUCAGUUAACGUUUAAGUGGUUAAUGAUUAACAUCCCUAAUUUGUUCGUUAACAAGUGAAACCAAAUACACACAAACAGUUUAUAGUUCCUUUGUAAUUAGCUGAAUUGUUACAGUUAAAGUUGCAAAUUGGAUUAUUUAAAUGUGACUGCCAGCGAUGGUGGCUUUGCAGUCCUUUUGCAACGAGUUUGAUAAUUUUUCUGGUUGUGCUCACUUGGCCGAUCACAAUUACGCAGCACUCUGAACAUAUCGACGUGAAUGUAGCAUUAAAAGAAAGUCAAGCUGUGUCUGAAAUCACUCCCUUAUUCCCUGUUCUAUAUAACAAACAUUAAAUAGUUCACCCUAUGGUGACAUUAAAUCAGAAUUUUUGGAUGUCAGUGACAGGUGUAGUGUCCCACAAUUGUAAUCUUCGUACCUAUCAAAAGCAACUCAUCAUGGGAAUUUGUGAGAGCACUAUAUAGUACAUUCAGAUGCUGAGAACGCCCGGCUGGUAAGUACAUAUAGUGCACUAUUUAGAGAGUGAGUUUGGACACGCCCUGGCUUUAUAUAGCUAUAGCUGGCUUUAUCAGCUCCAACUUCAAAAUGAAGUGCUUGCAGGAUUGAGUCCUAAAACCCAGAAAUUAGUUAGUAUUUUUGGACUUCGGGUUCCCUCGUGUUGAAGUCGAUGAGUUUUUUUAAUUGGUAUUUUGGUUAGAGGCCUGAAAUAAGGUUUGUGUUUAACACAAGCGUAAGAAUUUUUCGCGUUUUGUUCUACACAAAUGUCAUAUUAAAUCACUCUAUUUCCUCAUUCACAACAUCUCUUACUAAAAGGCAGGAAAAGGGAAUUCAAUAUAGGCUCUAUAAACCUACACAAAUAUACUAUGAACUGUGCUUAUCUUUCACCUGUUAAAAUCUGUUAUUGCUUGGUACUUUUUCCUCAUUCGCCCACCAUAUAGAGAGCCUAUGUCGUGAAGUCGGAAGUUUGAAGCUCCCUAUGACCCACUCGAGUCUGUAUCGUCAAAUAGGGUUAGGCUUUGUCACGCCCCUCAGAGUCUGAUACCGAGGCACAAGGCACCCUUACCGGCGGUAUUUGACGAGCAACGGGUUGUUACGUCGCUGUGUGUUUUUAUGUGCUUCAGUGUUUCCCCUGCUCUUCGUUUCUCUCCUCUGCUGUGUGCUGCUAUCAGUGUGUCAGUGUGACCGAGGGCGGGGGGGUGAGCCACGCACACAAACACAGAGCCGACGGGAUGAAGCGUUCGCCUCGGCCACAUUCAUUUGAUCGAGGUGUUUAUUUGUGCUUUAAAACGUAGACGGCGUGACACAAUCAGAAAAUAAUGUUUUAUUACUCCGAUUCACUGCUUUGUUCUCGCUAACACCGCUCCCUCUCUUCAUUCACUCUCCAGCUUUGAAUGCUGUGCGUUUACAAACAGCAACCAACAAUGCUACCUAGUAUACAUUUAAAAGGCGGCUGUAAACAAGUGGCUAAAUGAGACUACUAAACGUCAUCACGCCGAACACUAAUCCGCCUUUAGCUCAGUGGCGGUGACAUGAAAUCAUGCAACCGUGGUGUCGUUUGUUCGUAGCCCAAUUUUAGCUUUUUAUGCCAGGCAAUUGCGUUUCGGAAAUCAUAAAAGUGGUGUUCAUUUGUGGAGAUUAUCUUGCUGAAUUUAACGUGUAAGUAUCAUAAACGUGUGUUUGCCACAGAGCUUAUAGUCUGCAAUAAUCCAAAAUCCAAUGUACAAAUUCCUUUGGCUUUUUGUUGAGGGAACCGGUGAUGCUAACUUCUGGGUUGGCCUACAAAAAAAUGCCAACUUUUCCCACUAUGGGAAACUUGUAUUCCUUGGCUCUGCCCUGUUGAGGGUUUAAGUCAAACAAUAACUUAUUCCAGAGCAGCUCUGCCUCCAAAACUUGUAUAACUUUUAAUCUGCUGAUUUUUUCUUUUUUUUUUUUUCACUGUUUUUAAUAACACAGCCACCCACGUUUUCCUGGCACGGAGAGGGUUUCAGUGUGACUUUGGGAUGCCUUUACAUAGGAAGAGAAAGACAGAUCACGUUCUGUUUGUUUCCCCCUUCAGACAGUCUCAAGCAUGUGAUAAGGCAGCCGAUGAUUUUAUUUUAUUUUUUUCACCCCUGUUGAAUCUUACUGGCUGAUCCCUGGCGCAAGGUUGCUAUUCAGAAUCGAGCUCAAAAACAGAUCCCAAUAUUAAAGCAAUAUCUGGACAUUUUCAUUUUUGUCUGUUUUUAUUACCAGCUUCUUGUCAUAAUGUGGGGGAAUGACUACACUGCGAGAGAGGACAUAAACUAAUAAGACAUAAAGGAUCUGAAGUAGCUAAAAGUCCAUUGUUAAUUAUCCACAACACGACAGUCUUGAUGAAUUAAAAAACAGAAAAUGUCAAGUUGUAUAUUCAAUAUAUUUUAAUUCAUCUGCCCUCUCACCACCAAAAUGUUGUUCACAUUUGACUCCGAGGUUCCUUACUGACGAGACAUUUUAUACUCUUUUAAAAGACAAAUUUAAACAUUUUUGUAAUUUCUUUGUAGAUUUGAAAAAAAAUGUGAAUUUAUUGGCAGUGUUAAUUUACAUGUUCUAUACAUUUUUAAAUAUAUAUUUUUUUUGUUACUUUGAUGCUAUUACAAAAAGUAAAGGUUGACCCUAUAAUGGAAGGCUUACUGAGCUGAGCUGUCAUUCUGAAGGCACCUUGCUUGGGAACAGUUGUCCCCAGGAGGAGCAAAUUUACUACUAAAUUUGUCUGAAUGUGUUAAUAAAAGAAAUGUUUUACUUUUUUCUUUUGUUUGAAUCUUUUUGGGAAGUUUUGUCCAAGAAAAGACUUUCUCCAUGGCUUACACAGAAAACAUUUAAAAAACAAACAUAUCCUUUAAAUUGAAUAAAAUUGUAAUUUUUUAAUAAAGCCGGGACUCUAUAGAGAUUUUUUUUCUGGUUCCACUUUUUUCAUUGGGAGUCAUGGAGAAAGUUGCUCUGGAAGCAGAUAUAAUCUCAUUGGUUGGUUCCUGAUACGGAGGUAUAUUUGUGUCUAAAUUGUCAGUGCGCAAUUGGACAUUUUGAGCACAGAAAAAGAUUGUUUUGCACAAUCAAUUAUAUUCGAUAGAGAAUCUUUUAGCACAAGGAUUUUUUUUUUGAAAGACAAAAAUGUAUGUUUGUGUUGUUGCUCUUAUCCACAGAACUCAAAUUCCCUGCUAUGUGCUCUCAAACCCUUGAGUCUCUCUGGCUCUCACAACAUCUCUGCUCUGUGGCAUUUUCAAGUUUGCCUGCAUGCUCAUUUCAACCUGGCAGUGUUAACAGUGCGCUUCCAUUUGUUGUCCAACUGGAUAACAGUUUUGAUCAUUAGUAGGAUCACUGGUCAAAGGAAGAACUUUAAAAUCUGAUUGUGCAAAAAUAUCUUUUUUCUGUGCCAGAAACUAAACUUUAGUGGCCGGAGCGAAAUAACCUUUUUUUUCUCUGGCAAUAUUGGACUGAAGUCCAGUUAUAUAUAUAUAUAUAUAUUAAUUGGCUUUUCACCUAACAAUUGAAGUUUGUGAAAGUUUCAGCCUUACAUUACAUCUGCCUCCAGAGCUCUGCUUCUGAGCAGAACAGCUGAGUACAACUACAAAUCAACUUUAUCCUGUAUCUGCCUGUAAUAAAUUGGACAUUGGACUCUUUAUUGGACUUCAUGUGUUCCUAUUAAGGAACUAUUUAAUUGUUUUUUUGUUUUUUUGUCCCUGUAUUUAAAGCACUUGAGCCAACAGUUAUGACAAUAUCUCAUACGGGGCAAAAUUCCUCAGAUGUUUUCCUGCCAUCCUUACAGUAGGUCUGUGCCAUCACAGUGUUUGGGUAAAACAUGGCCAAAAUCGCUGACUCAGCCUUUUUCUGUGCCGCCGCCACCACCACCACCAACACCACCACCACCACAACAGAGCAUCAUGUCAGCCUAAAAAGCAGCAUCUCUCCCAUGAGGUCUCAAAGCCUUUAUGUUGUUGUUUUUUUUCUGCAACUCACAUCACAUCGAUCUGUUAUCAUUUCAAUCAGAUCAGUGAAACAAAAGUCCAGAAUAAAAUAUAUUUUGAUAAGA